UCCCGUGUUGUGUGACAUCUCUCCAUUUUUAUUCACUCAGCGACACUUUCCAGCAUGCGGACGGAGAUGGACCGGAUACAGCAAGACAGGAAACAGGCAGAGCUGCAGUUACAGGAGUCAGAAAAUCAGGUCCAGAAGCUCUGGGAGUCUCUGGGUGAACAGGAGAAGCUUCUCCAGAAGGAGAAGGAGGAGAAGAUUUCUCUUGAGGACGCAUUGCGCGAGGAGAGGAACAAGGCAAGCAGACUGCAGACUGAACUGAACACCAGCGAGGAGGUGCAAAGGGACUUUGUCCGGCUAUCUCAGAAACUGCAGGUCAGCCUGGAGAAGAUCCGACAGGCCACUUCCAUAAAGGAUGUGCAAGAGAUUCUAGAAGGCACCCGGUUCACAGACGUCAGCCAAUCAAGUGAUACCUGAUCAUCAUGGAUCUUAAUGAUUUAUUAAUCUGAUGUCUGAUGGAUUUCAUUUGGAUGCGAUUUUUCUACUGCCAUUUCUCUCUACUUUUGAUCUUCAGCCAUGUUUUAUUUCUGCCCCCUGAUAUACAGCACAGACUCCUGCGCAGAGCUGAGCGUUCUCUCAGGUCAGC